CUUUGAACUUUCAAAUCAGGGUUGAUGAAUUGCCCUGUUGUUCUUCCCAUCAUGAAAUAAAAAAUUAAAAAAAAAAAUUAAAAAAAGAAAAGAAGAAAGGAUUUUAUUAGUCCUAGGACUUCAAUCAAUUGUCUCUGGGCCAGUUUCUGUUAGAUUAUACACCAAACAGGUGUGAGGGGGAAAACCCCAGAUGAAGAUUCCUCUCUGUGUUCUGACAUGAUUCGUUACACAAAACUAACAAAAGCCAUUAAUUUCAUGCGUUGUUUUCUUUGAUCUCUUCUCGGGGCCAUUUGGGUUCUUUCUCCUUUCAGGCAUCAUGUGUAUGUCUGCAGUUUUGUUUGUAGGGUUUUCUUGUUUUCUGCUAAGCAAUGGAGUUCAAGGGGACGGAUGUCAGCAGACAUUCCAGAGCAUCCAAUCCCUCCAGGUUGAGCUUCCAUCUCAGCAGCCUUACAGAACUGCUUAUCACUUCCAACCCCAUCAAAACUGGCUCAAUGGUACAAAAAUCUUGCCCAUUUUGUAUCUUUUUUAGUAUUCCUUACUGAUUGUUUUCCCUUAUAUUGAUGUGAUGAAUUUUCAUUUUUCAAUCUCUGUUGAUGUCAACUGGCCUGCUUCAACGGUGGGAUAAAUGGGUGCCUUUCAACCAUGCAGACCCUAAUGGCCCAAUGUAUUAUAAGGGACUUUAUCAUUUGUUUUACCAAUACAAUCCACAUGGUGUAUGCUUUGGUGAUAAAAUGAUAUGGGCACACUCUGUAUCCUAUGAUCUCAUCGACUGGUUCAACCUGGAACCAGCCCUUCGCCCAUCUGAGCCAUUUGACAUAAACAGCUGCUGGUCUGGUUCUGCUACAAUCCUUCCAGGGAACAAACCAGUGAUUUUAUACACUGGAAUUGAUUCUAAUAAUCAGCAGGUUCAGAACCUGGCUAUACCGAAGAAUCUGUCAGAUCCACUACUGAUAGAAUGGGUCAAGUACUCUAAGAAUCCUUUGAUGACUCCACCAGAUGGAGUUAAAGUUGAUGAAUUCCGAGACCCAACAACUGCCUGGAAGGGUCUUGAUGGGAAAUGGAGAGUAAUCAUUGGAAGCCUAAACAAAGUGAUUCUCUAUCAAAGUGAGGAUUUUCUUCAUUGGACUAAGUCUCAAGAGCCUCUUUAUUCAUCAGGAGAAACGGGGAUGUGGGAAUGCCCAGAUUUCUAUCCUGUGUCUGUUAAUGGCACAAAUGGGGUUGACACUUCAGUCCAGAAUCCAAGUGUUAGGCAUGUGAUGAAGGCAGGCUUCAAUUCUCAUGACUACUACAUGCUGGGGACAUAUGUUCCUGAGGCAGACAUAUUUCUUCCUUACAUAAACUUCACAGGAACCAGUCUAGACUUGAGAUAUGAUUAUGGAAAAUUCUAUGCCUCAAAGACAUUCUUUGACAAUGUCAAAAACAGGAGGAUUUUAUGGGGUUGGGUAAAUGAAUCUGAUAGUGCAAAAGAUGAUUUGGAGAAAGGCUGGUCUGGACUUCAGUCAAUUCCUCGGCAAAUUUGGCUUGAUAGAACAGGAAAGCAAUUAGUGCAGUGGCCAGUAGAAGAAAUAAAUGGUCUACAUAACAAUCUAGUCAGUAUUCAUGAUUUUCAGCUUGAAAAUGGAUCAGCUUUUGAAAUUUCAGGCAUUACCGCUGCACAGGCCGAUGUUGAAAUCGUGUUUGAAUUGCCUGAACUAGAAGAGGCUGAGUUCAUGAUCUCAAGUCAGGUUGAUCCCCAAGAAAUCUGUACCAAUGGAGAUGCAUCUGUCAGUGGUAGAUUUGGACCCUUUGGGUUAUUAACUUUGGCAACAAAGGACUUGGCAGAGCAGACUGCAAUUUUCUUUCGGGUUUUUAAAGGGCAUGAAGGAUAUGUAGUACUAAUGUGCAAUGAUCAGAGCAGGUCCUCUAUGAAGAAAGAGACAGAUAGAACAGCAUAUGGAAGCUUUGUAGGCAUUGAUCCUCGCCAAGAGAAGAUUUCACUAAGAAGCUUGAUAGACCACUCCAUAAUUGAGAGUUUUGCUGGGGAGGGAAGAACUUGUAUCACCACCAGAGUUUAUCCAAAGUUUGCUGUUAAUGAAGAAGCCCACCUAUAUGCAUUUAACAAUGGAACUCAAGAUGUGAAAAUUUCAAGCUUGAAUGCUUGGAGUAUGAAUAGGGCCCAGAUCAAUAGCUGGGGAAGUUUAAAAUGAUAUGAGAAGCAAAUAUUAUCAGAGUUGAUUGACACACAAGGGUCACAUGAUGACUUCUUGAGUUUCCCAGCUAAAGGAUCAAAAUUUAAUUUAUAUGUGUACUUUGAUACCCUUCUGUCUUUUAUUCAAGGAUUGAUCAAAGUUUAACCAUGAUUCCUCGGACAUUAAAUUGCUAAAUAAUAUCUUUUUGUUAUGUAAGUUAUGGUCUGGAGUUUAGCUUUUUAUAUUAGUACCAUAUCUAGAGGACCUUAUCUAUUGGAGGCUUCUUCACAUCUUUUCCAGUUUUGAUGAAUUUUUCUUA